CUAAUGAAAUUAUUUCAAUAUGAUUAUUAUAAUGAUCUUUAUGAAAUUAGCUGUGACGCUAAGCCUAAAAAUAUUUUCCUAUCAAACAUUUCAGUUAUUUAUGAAAUAGAAGCAGCAAACUAUAUAAUUGAAAUACAAUUAGUUAUUGAAUAA